CGAAAAAAUCCAAAGGGGAUAAAGUUUACCUGAAAUAGAAGCGUCGCUUUCCAACCUCUCCCGCUCGUCGCCGCUGUCUUGAUCCAACCACUCCAACUUCUGAUCCAACCUCUCCUGCUCGUCGUCUGCUCGUCGUCGCAGAGAAGCAAAGCAAAGAACACGCGAAAAAGAGAAGGAUAUAUGAACUCGUGUCUGCCAAAUAAAACCUAAAGCAACAAAAGGACAAUUGUGGGUUUACAAUGAAAUAGCAGGGUUACAAUUGGAAGAAAAAGUAACGAGAACGUGGGAAUGUAAAAUACAGGGGUGGGGGUGCCGGAUUUUCAAUUGCAACGUUGGUGGGAAAGUGGCCCAAAUUACAUGGGUCAAUUACCAUACUCACUUGGCCCAUCCAAACAUGGAAAUUUAUUUUAAUUGCUGCAUUGUGUGGGAAUUUAGCACAAUUCCCUCAAUAUUUUACUGCAUCCAAACAACCCCAUAGUGAUAUUUACAUAGCUCUUAUUCUAUCGACACAAAAUCUAGGGCACACAAUCGUCCUCAACAACCAACCUGCCACGCUGGCUGAUGCGUGCCCCACUCUAGUGGUUCUUUUCCCUUUUUCCUGUUUUCUUUUUCAGAAGAAAUUUUUUCCCUUUUCUGCUGCCACUGAGAGGAAAAAGGGCAAAUCUAAAAAGGAAUAACAGCGGGUUGGAGGGGAGCGAGCGAAAACGUGAGGCGGAUUGAGAAUGGCGGCGGCGGCGGCGGCAGUACCAGUAGUAGCAUAAGCAACAGCAAGAAACUACUCAACUUCACAGCAAGCAGAGCGUCGUUGUUCUUCGUCAAGAUAGAUAACGCCCAUUGGGCAAAGGGAAGAAAACAAUCUUCUUUGGCAAAAGGGAAUCCGCCGCGUUAUCCCGUUCCGUCCCUCCUGGUACCUAUCCAUUCUACCUUAUCUGUUAUCUACCUAUAGAUUUCUCACUUCCCCAUUUCUAUUCCUUCAUUCUUUGCUCUCCCUGUUGCGCUCUAACGGAAAUGGUGGUGGCGGCGGAUGAUUGAUACCGCAGAUCUCGUUGCAGGGAGGGCGGCAUUUCAGAAAAGGCGCCGCCUUUACUAGAUUAGGGUUCGUUCUGUUAGUUUCGGCGGGAAGGAGGAAAAAGAUGGCUGCCCCCUACGUUAUUCCAGUCACCGCUGCUCAGGUGGGUACUUACUUUGUGGGGCAAUACUAUCAAGUGCUGCAGUCUCAACCGGCCCUUAUCCACCAGUUCUAUAGUGAUUCCAGCUCCAUGCUUCGUGUGGAUGGUGUUACCCGAGAGUCGGGCUCCACAAUGCUUGAUAUUCAUUCACUCAUUAUGCGACUUAAUUACACCGCUAUUGAAAUCAAGACCGCGCAUGCCUUGGAGUCUUGGAGUGGUGGGGUUCUCGUGAUGGUGUCUGGUCUACUGCAGUCGAAGAACUUUGGGGGCACUAGGAAGUUUGUGGAGACGUUUUUCUUGGCACCACAGGAGAAAGGGUAUUUUGUUCUCAAUGAUGUGUUCCACUUCAUUGAAGAGGAGCCAAUUCACCACUAUCCGGCUGUAUUAUCAGCAGCUCAUAGGAAUCUUGAUUCAAAACUCAAUAAUGCUCCUCCACCUACCGUCAUUGCUGAGCCAGUUUCAAAGUAUUUGCUUGGUGGGGAGAUUCAGUCUAGGGAGUUCGUAGCUUCUAGUGAUGAUGCACAGGGAAAUGGCCAAGUUGACAACUACACCUUUCCUCAGCAACAGUUCCAGCAAGUUCCCGAGCCCGAACACAUUGCAGAGCAAGAGGACGUAUCAAAUGGCUCACAUCAGAAUGCACUGGUGGAUGCUGCUACUCGAGACCAUCUUCCUCCUACUAUAGAGGAACCUGCUGAAGAACCACAAAAGCACACUUAUGCCUCGAUUUUGCGGGUUGCUAAGGGGCACCCAGCACCUCCAGCCUCUUCAGAAAGGAAUCACAGCUCUCCAGCCCCUGAUCAGAAGGCGACCGUGACAGCGACUGUGACAUCCAAUUCCUUUGAGAAUUAUGGGGCUGACAAUGUUGAUGAGGCUCAGGGUGUGGAAGAUGAAGAUGAAAUCAGAUCUGUAUACGUGAGGAACUUGCCACCUAUUGCCUCUGAGGAGGAGAUUGAGGAGGAAUUCACUAAGUUUGGCAAGAUUGCACCUGAAGGUGUUGUCAUUAGGAGUCGCAAGGAUGUUGGUAUUUGUUAUGCAUUUGUUGAAUUCGAGGACAUGAAUGGCGUUUAUAAUGCAGUGAAGGCGGGCAGUGCAGAGGUAGCAGGACGACAGGUUUACAUUGAAGGACGGAGACCAAACAGUAACAUCCCGCCUCGAUUCGGAAGAGGUAGAGGCAGAGGGCGGGGAAGCUACCAAGCAGAUGCCCCUCGUGGCCGUUUCGGUUCACGGAGUUUUGGCAGGGGAGGCGCCAGCUAUGAUGGAGACUACUACAACAGACCACCAAGAGGAAACGGAUAUUACAGACCAGUUCAGCGCCAAGACAGCGCAGAAUGAAUCAUCAUCAGAUUAUACAGCUUAGUCCUUGGAGCUGAGGAGCAGCAGUCAUAGCGAAGAAAUUUUUUUUGAGGCC